GACUGUUUGUCGGUUAGAAAAAAAUUGCUGCAUAAAUUUUAAGUCAAAAUCUCUUUUUUGAUCAAAAUUUUGUAACUAUUAUGUUUGGCAAAUAAUUUAUUUAUUUUACUCAGAAUAGUUACAAGGAAUUAGGUUAUAGUCUAAACUCACAAUUCUAAAUUAAAUAGUGAUGAUAAUUACCGAGAAAGUGAAGUUAAAGAUCUACUAAUAUGAAAACUAGUACUAAUAUUAUCCACUAAUAAUUAGAAAAAGGAAAAGAAAACUAAAUAUUUAUAAAAUUUGGAAGAAGCGGCAAUAGUCUAUGAGCUUUGUAUUAAAGGUAGACAAAUAUUAGUAAAUUCAAAAACGCAGUAUUCAAAACAUUAAAGUUAUUAUAAAAAUGGAAAAUGGUGAACCACCUGCGCCAGUACAAAAACUUCUCGAAGAAGAAAAAGCUGUAACUUCUGAAAAAAUAAAUAAUAACAAUAAUAAUGUAUGCUUUAGAAUUCUACAAUCAUGUUGUUUCAUUCCUCAACGAUAUAUUUUAAGUAUAAUAGGGUUGCUGGGAGUCUGCAAUGCGUAUACAAUGCGAGUGUGUCUUAAUUUAGCUAUAACUCAGAUGGUACGAUUUAACCAAACUUCUAAAGAUUAUAUCGAUGAAAACGCUUGUCCUAGUGACGAGAUAAUAAAUAAUGUUACGACAACUAUUACGGAAAAACCGUACGCAAUUUUUGAUUGGGAUCAGUCAACUCAGGGUCUUAUAUUAAGUGGUUUUUACUAUGGAUACGCAGUCACUCAAGUGCCUGGUGGUUACUUAGCUGAGAGAUUUGGAGGUAAAUGGAUUCUAGGAGUAGGAUUAUUGAGUACAGCUUUAUUCACUUUCCUGACUCCCAUAGUGGUGAAGAUAGGUGGUGCAACAUGGCUGUUUGUGCUUCGAGUUUUACAAGGAAUGGGAGAGGGUCCAACUAUGCCGGGUCUAAUGUUAAUGUUAGCUCGAUGGAUACCUCCUCAUGAAAGGUCUAUCCAUGUAGCUCUCGUCUUCGGUGGAGCCCAAAUUGGAAAUAUUUUCGGUUCUUUCAUGUCUGGUAUUUUGCUAGCUGAUGGUAGAGAUUGGGCUUAUGUAUUCUAUUUUUUCGGCGGUUUUGGAAUUGUAUGGUUUAUAUUGUGGAGCUUUCUGUGCUACAGUACCCCAAAUACGCAUCCAUAUAUUUCGAAGAAAGAGUUAAACUACUUGAAUACUAAGGUGACCAUUGCUGAGAGUCAAAAUGUGAAGGAUCCAGUCCCAUGGAAGGCGAUAUUGCGCUCAGCACCGGUCUGGGCACUUGUGUGUGCCGCUGUCGGCCACGACUGGGGUUACUAUAUAAUGGUCACAGAUCUGCCAAAAUACUCUAAUGACGUAUUGAAAUUCAAUAUUGCUACCACUGGUACACUGACAGCUCUACCUUAUGUUGCAAUGUUAAUUAGCUCAGUACCAUUUGGUUUAAUGUGUGAUUUGGGCAUUAAGAAAGGAUGGCAUUCCGUUAAGACUGGAAGGAUUAUUUAUACUACAAUAGCUGCUACGGGUCCAGCUAUUUGCAUUAUAUUAGCAUCAUACGCAGGAUGUGAUCGCACUGCCGCUAUGGUCUACUUCGUGUUGUCUAUGGCACUCAUGGCAGGUUAUUUUAGUGGUAUGAAGGUGAAUGCAUUAGACCUUGCUCCUAACUACGCAGGCACUUUAACUUCUUUUUUAAACACCAUUUCUACAUGCGCUGGUAUCACCAUACCAUUCCUUAUUGGAUUGAUGACACCUAAUUCAACAUUGACAGAAUGGCGAGGUGCUUUCUGGGUUUGUUUCGCUGUGCUAGUGGGUACUAAUGUGAUGUACUGUGUGUGGGUAGAUGGAAAACAACAGUGGUGGGAUGACGUCAGGCAAUUUGGGUAUCCAUCAGAUUGGAAACAUGGACCUAUUAUCAAGGAACAUAUCCUACAGCAAUCAGAAGUUGUUAAAUUAUGUGAUCAAAAAUAAUUAAAUAAAUGAACAAAUAAGUACUAAUAAGUGAAUAAAUUGCACAAAAUUAAUCCAAAAAUAAUAUAUUUAUAUAUAUUAUAUAUAGUUAUAUAUAUAAUUAUAUAUAUAAUUAUAUAUAGUAAUAUAUAAUUAUAAUAUGUAUAUACAGCCCCAGUUUACAUGUGUUGGAUAAUUGUAAAACACUGCAUGAAUGUAAUUUUUUUAAUGUCUGAAAAUGGAAGGGUAAAUGAAUACGUGAGGAUAUAAAGGCAGGUUAGUUAGCCCUUUAUAAUUGAAUUUAGCUGGAAUUAAGUACGAUAUUUUCAAGAGCGACUACGGGAAGUCGACUUAAUGGGGUAUUUUGCAAACAGCUAGGCUGGUUAUUCCCAUUACUAACAAGCCUGUUUUCUCCUGCAUGAAUAAAAUUAUGUUACACUA